UUUGCGCAUGUGCAGCCCGUUUUAAAUUGCGUAGGUGGAGGCGCGCGACUGGGCGCGCUCCCGGGCGCGCUCGCUGGGUCGCGGCUCCUUAGUUCCCGCCAGUUCCCGCCGUCUUUCGCUUAAGGUGCUACUGGGUUUCCGCCUGGCUGCUCUUCGGGUGACUCGGUCCUCGCUGGGCUGCCUGGAGCAGCGGCCCGUGUGGACUUCCGCCCCCAACCCCUGCGCGGGCUGUGCCGGGCCGGAACAUGGCCGCGUGGGGGCUGGAUCAUCUCAAAAAUGACUAUAGAAGAAGAUUUUGCCGACCUUCCAGGGCACCUGACAUUAAUACGGAGCAAGGCCAGAAUAUACUGGAAAUCUUACUAGACUGUUUUGAAGAAAAAAGUCUUGCCAAUGAUUUUAGCACAAAUUCCACAAAAUCAGUGCUUUAUUCAACACCUAAAAUAAAAGACAUUUGUGUUCAGUCACCAAGUAAAGAGACUCAGUGCCAGAAAUCACAUCCAAAGUCAGGUGGCGUUUCUUCAAGGAAGAAAGAAGCCCCUCUGCAGUUAAUUGUGGAACCAAGUGAAGCUGUCAACAAAUCAGUUCAGGCCCAUGAGGUUCAUCAGGAAAUUUUGGCAACUGAUGUUCAUUCUAACAAUACAUCUGACUUGAGAAAAAUGACAAGUAAAAAACUAAAAGAUCAUCACAAUGAAGCUGAUGAGGAAUUUUACUUAUCUAUUGGCUUACCUUCUGAUCUUCUGGAUGCAAAAGCACCUUUAUUGCAAAAGACUAUUCCAUCUGUUGCCCAAAAGAGAGAGACCUAUACUUCUGAAAAUUCAGUAAAUAUGCUGCCUUCAAGUACAGAGAUUUCUCAUAAAACCAAAAAAAGGUUAAACUUUGAAGAUAAACAUGAUUUGAAGAAGGUAGAAGUAAUGAAUAAAGUAUCAGAAAUAGAGGAUAAAGUAUCAGAAGGACCACAAGAGAGGAAACGGUUAGGAACAUCUCAAAAAAGAAUACAAGAUUCAGAAUGUGAAGAUCAACCACAAGUCAGAAAGAGUUUUUCAACAUUGUUUUUAGAAACUGUAAAAAGAAAAAGUGAAUCCAGUUCUGUUGUUAGGCAUAUAGCAACUGCUCCACCUCAUUUAUCUCCUGCAAAUAAUAUGAAGUUAUUAGAAGAUGAAUUUAUAAUUGAUGAAUCAGAUAAAAGUUUUGCCAAUCAACCAUGGAUUACUAUACCAAGAAAGACUGGGCCUCUGAAACAGUGCACAGUAUCUCCUGCUGAGAACACUGUACUCCUUCAAAGGACGAAGUCAAGAGAAAAACAUGACAGUGUAUCAUCUGCAAGUUUGAAAAGUGACAACCAUCCUGGCAAAGCUCACCCAGUAGAGAAAUCUCCGUCCUCUGAACAAAAAAUACUGGGUGGUAGUUGUGCUUUGACAGACGAAAUGGAAAAUAAUUGUAAAUCUUCAAAACAUGAAAUGUAUUCUGAGAAUGCAAAAAAUUCAUCUGGAAACAAAAGGACUAUAAAACAAAAACGGGGAACAAAAUUUAAGGCCAGUGUAGUUGAAGAACAAGUUUACAUGGAACAAUCUAAAGGUAAAAAUAUAAAUAUAUCACAUAUUGCCCAAGACAGGUUACAAAGAAAUUCAGACCGAAAUAUGGACAAGGGUGAAGAGAUAAGUGUUCACACUUCCAAAAAACAGUUGCUACCUCUGGGAAGCAAGAAAGGUAGCACCAGUGUUCCUCAUGCAGAGAAUCAGAAAAAAGAUAAGGAAUGCAAAAAGAAGCGUUUUUCAGAUGGGUCCAAGAAGAACAAAAUUGUACCUGAAGAAUUGACUUCAACUGUCACAAGAAGUCGAAGAAUUUCCAGACAUCCAUCUAAUUGGUGGGUGGUAAAAUCAGUGCAGAGUCCUUUUUCUAGCAAUUCUUCAGUAAGAAGUGAAUUGUCAUUGUAUCGUAACAGCAAACAAAAACCUGCUGAAAAAACAAACCAAUCAUCUAAGAAUACUGGGAAAAAAACUAUUCCAUUUAAAAGGCAGAAGAGAACUAAUGAAGGCAGCUCAAGAACACAGAAGGUUUUAAAUGCUAAAGAUUCCGGUUGUUCCCAGAAUGAGUCAUUGGAAAGCAGUGAGGCAGACCCAGCUGAGAAGAAAAACCUUAAUCCUUCUGGAGGUACAGGAAGCUCAAAGGAUCAAGAUAGUAUGGCUGCACAAAAUGUUCAUCAAAAGUCUCAGAUCAGUGGAUAUACAUGCAAGACACCAGCAGAGUCAAAUGUGGAUUCUAGAGAGCCUGGGACUUCACUUUUGGAAAGAAGUGGACCUUCUAGGCUCAAGAAUUAUUUAACUUCUGGAAUGAAUAAUUCAGAUGUGGAUGAUAAUGAAGUUCAGGAAAGUUCGAAUGAUUCAAGAGUAAAAAGGUCUAACUCAACACCAGAGAACAAGGUGCAUCACAAAUUAGUAUUGCCCUCCAACACACCAAAUGUUCGCAGGACCAUGAGAACACGAUCAAAACCUUUGGAAUACUGGCGAGGGGAGCGAAUAGAUUAUCAAGGAAGGCCAUCUGGAGGAUUUGUGGUUGGUGGAAUACUGUCCCCAGACAAAGUAUCAUCUAAAAGGAAAGCAAAAGGAAACUUGGGAAGAGUCAAUACAGUAGUUAAUAGGAAAAGGAUCUGUCUUGAUAAUGAUGAAAGAAAGAAUAAAUUCGUGGUAAAUCUGAAUGUACCUCUGGGAGAUCCUUUGCAGCCAACGAGGGUAAAGGACCCAGAAUCACGAGAGAUUAUUCUUAUGGAUCUUGUAAGGCCACGAGAUACAUACCAAUUUUGUGUUGAACAUGGUGAGUUGAAAGUAUAUAAAACAUUGGACACACCGUUUUUUUCUACUGGAAAAUUGAUAUUAGGACCACAUCAAGAAAAGGGAAAGCAGCAUGUAGGCCUAGACACAUUGAUUUUUUAUGUUAAUUUUGGUGACCUUUUAUGUACCUUACACGAAACACCUUAUGUAAUAACAACUGGGGAUUCAUUCUAUGUUCCUUCAGGUAAUUAUUACAACAUCAAAAAUCUCCUGAAUGAGGAAAGUGUUCUUCUUUUUACACAGAUAAAAAGUUGAAAGAUGAAGCAAAGUUUAAAGAUGUGUGUAUAUAUAUAUAUAUUUACAUACAUACAUAUAAAACACAUUGUGUAGUUGAGAUGUUGUAAUUAUUUGUAAUGUUUUAAAAUAUUCAGUGUUGUAUACUUGUUUCAAUAAACAUUUCAAACUUCCAUAUGUAUCUUCUAAUUUUUCCAUGAAUAUACAUGUAGCCUGUAGUGAUACCCAUAUUCAUAGUAUUUUAAUAACAUGAAAGGAACACCAAAAUCUCUGCUCCCAGUGAUAUACAGGCAUACCUUGGAGAGGUUGUGGGUUUGAUUCCAGACCACCACAAUAAAGUGAAUAUUACAAUAAGUGAGUCACGAAUUUUUUGAUUUCCCAGUGCAUAUAAAAGUUACGUUUACACUAUACUGUCAUCUGUUAGGUGUGCAGUAGCUUUAUGUCUAAAAAUUAAUGCAUAUGGCUUCAUUUAAGAAAUACUUUAUUGCUAAAAAAUGCUAACCAUCAUUGAUAUCUUCAGUGAGUCAUAAUCUUUUUGCUGGUGGAGGGUCUUGCCUUGAGGUUGAUGGCUGCUGACUGAUCAGGGUGGAAGUUGCCGAAGGUUGGGAUGGCUAUGGCAAUUAAAAAAAAUAAGACAAUAGAUUUUUUCUGGUUAUUGCGGUGUGAGGCACCAUGAGCAGCAAAAUCUCUCGCAACACCCUGUACAAGGCAGUGCGGAAAGUCCUACACGGGAACCAAUGCAAGCGCCGGAAGGUUUUGGAGAUGGUAGAGCUAAAGAUCAGCCUGAAGAACUAUGACCUCAGAAGGACAAACCCUCUCAGCACCGUCAGGCUUAAGUCCACUCUGCCCCAAGUUCUCCAUAUGUGUUUUGGGGGACCAGCAUCAUUGUGAUGAGGCCAAGGCUGUGGAUAAUCUCCCACAUGGGCAUUGAGGUGUUGAAGAAACUCAACAAGAAUAAGAAACUUGUCAAGAAGAUGGCCAAGAAGUAUGAUGCCUUUUUGGCUCCAGAGUCUGUGUUCAAGCCGAUCCCAUGAAUCCUGGGCCCAGGCCUGAAUAAAGCUGGCAAGUUCCCUUGCUGACCCCCAAUGAGAACAUGGUGGCCAAAGUUGAUGAGGUGAAGUCCAUGAUCAAGUUCCAGAUGAAGGAGGUGCUGUAUCAGACAGAGGCUGUUGCCCAUGUGAAGAUGACAGAUGAUGAGCUUGUGUACAACAUCCACUUAGCUGUUAACUUCCUGGUGUUAUUGCUCAAGAAAAAUUGGCAGAACGUACAGCCUUUGUACAUUAAGAGCACCAUGGGCAAGCCCUAGCACCUAUACUAAGGCACAGCUUAAUAAACCAUACUGCCACCGUUAAAAAAAACAACAA